CGCCGACGCCUUAAACCACUGGCAUGAAGUCAGCACCCAGUCCACCAACCCAGUCAUCAAGCCCAUCGCCACCCACAUGGUCGGCUGGAUGCACUAUCUCGGCCGGGGCACUGUGCGAGACCAACAGAAGGGCGUCAAGAUCAUUCGAGUGAACCAAUCGAAUGGUCUCAUUUUUGGUGAAAAUGAGUGUUUGGCAUCGAUUUGGAACUACUUCGGGUCCGACUCACCUACAUCUCGCAAGUUCUAUGAGCUGUGCCGGCUCGGAUCUGAGCGGGACUGGCUGUGCAAACACCUGAUGGCCAUUUGCCUCAUAAAUGGAUUCGGUACCCCGACGAACCAGACCAAGGCAGCGGACAUUUUUGAGCAGCUCGCCAACGACGGCCACAGUGACAGUCAGCUGUGGAUUGGAAUGUGUUUCUAUCGUGAAUGGGGAGUAUCGGAAGACCACAGGAAGGCAUUCGAGUGGUUCACCAAGUCGGCCAACCAAGACAACCCAUAUGGGCAGUGGUGGGUAGGUGUGUGCUACUUGAAUGGAUAUGGAGUCACCAAGGACCACGCCAAGGCAGCCAAGUGGUCUCGCAUCUCGGCCGAACAAGGCAAUCGGUACGGACAAGAUUAUCUCGGCAACUGCUACGAGUUUGGUUUGGGUGUCCCCGAGGACAUCGACACCGCCGUCUUCUGGUAUCGCAAGUCCGCCGACCAGGGCCACAGAGAUGCCAUCGACAGACUCGAGUACCUCGGGGAGCGGCCUUGAUCCCCGAUUCCCUUUCGAUUUCCUCUCAAACCACCAUAUUUCGAUACUGAACAUGCAAGCCAUAGGACAAACCGCACCGCCCACACCCAUCCUCGAGAUCAUGGGUCCAAAGUGGACUUGACAAGUGGUCCCGAUAGAGCGAGAGUAGUUGAGAGA